UUUUUUAAGUCAGUCUUUUACAAAUAGCUUUUUUUUUUUAUCAGAUGAGAUGAGAACAGUUGACUUUAAUAAUCAAACUUUGAUACAUCUUUGAAGGGUAAUGGUCUUUAGAAGAGACAGCUGAGCCUCUGGCUUUUGUUUUAACACUUCUUGUUCGGAAGUCAUUUAUGUGGCCAGAUUGAACGAACAGACAGACAUGUACAACAGCCCGCCUCUUUCCAACAAACCCCCUGUACAAGAGCUCACAGAUAUAAAGUGUCAUUGCAGUGAGACGAUCAGACGCACAAUGAGGAGCUUCACCUUGAUACCAGCUUUACUUCUCUGCUCCUGGAUCUCUGUCUCAGUGUCUGAGUCUCAGACUGUGGAGGUCCAGUCUGGUGAAGACGUCACUCUGCUGUGCUCCAGCACCUCCACAGCUCCAACUCACACAUUUUGGUCCAAACUUUAUAACAAAACCAAGAUCAGCUGUAUCUCCUCUAUGUACGGCUCUGAAGGCAAAGCUUCAUUCUGUGAUGGAUUUCAAAAUGGCAAAUAUGAAAUGAGCUCCAACAUCACCACAAUCUCUCUUAAAAUCAAACAAGUGGAUGUAUCUGACUCUGGACUGUAUCUCUGUGGAUUUUACAUGAGUGGACACACAAGACUUACUGUGACAGAUUUAAAUGUUCAAGGCAGUGAUGAACCUUGUGACCAUGUUGACGGCAAGUGUACGAAAGAACUUGAUGGAAUAGCAAAGCUGACAAGUAUGAUCCUCGGUGCUGUGACUGUUUUCCUUGUCAUGGUCGUCAUUGGUCUGGCUGUUAAAUACAGGAAACGUGAGACAGCUCAUAAUGAAGAGGAACACAGUCCACAAAAGCAGAAUCCAGUCUCAGAUGACCUGAACUACGCAGCUCUAAGUUUCCAGUCAAAAGCAAAGAGAAAGCGCAGGCCUCCAUCAGAGAGAGAGCUGGAGCCAAAUGUUGUGUACGCUGCCACCAGAUAGACUCAGGAAACCACUGGAACAGCAGCUCAGAGUGGAACUGAUGCUUUAUCAUGGAAACCUGUGGAUUUUGUGCAACUUGUAUAUUAGAGGAAUUUACACAUUUGCCAUAUCUGAUGCCUUUCCUUUGUCCACAAAUCUACUUUUUUAAUAAAGAUCUAGCUUCAUUUUCAAAUUACAAUAA